AUGCGGAGUGUCCGUGGGGCAGGACGCCUGCUGCUUUGCCUGCUGCUGGCCAUCCUCAGGACCCAGGCUGGUGGGGAGGCGAAGCCCAGGCCUCCACCGUGCCAGCAGAGCCCCACAAAGGUGUCCUGCAGGGCUGCUGGGCUGCACAGUUUUCCCAAGGACCUUCCCCAAGGAGUGAAGCACCUCGAUCUGUCCCACAACAUCCUUCAGAACCUGUCAGAGAGCCACCUGCCUGCACUGGGGCAGCUCGAGCACCUGGACCUGCGCUCCAACCGCCUGGAAGCCAUCUCAGGGUCGGUGCUGGCCCAGCUGCCACGGCUGCACUCGCUGCUGCUGGGCUCCAACCGCCUGCACCAAAACCAUCAGGACAAUGCAGUGGCUUUCAGUGCACUGCAGGGUAUAGAGGUGCUGGACCUGUCGGCCAAUGGCUUGGAGAGCCACAUGGUGAGGGGGUUCCUGAGUGGCCUCACUGCACUGCGGGCGCUGCACCUGCAUGGAAACAGAUUGAGCCAGCUGCCAGCGGGCAUCUUCCAGGGCUCCCCGCUGCUGAGCGAGCUGGAUCUCAGCAACAACUACAUCAUGGACAUAGAGGAGGGAGCGUUUGAGGCAUUGCGGGAGCUGGUGGUGCUCAGCCUGGCCCUGAACUCCCUGCACUGCCUCUCCAGCUUCAGCCUGCGGCAGCUGCAAGUCCUGAACCUGAGCCACAAUGCCCUGGAACUGUUUGGCUGGGAGGAGGGACAGGGUCCCUACCUGCUCCAGGUGCUCGACCUGAGCCACAACAGACUGCUUUCCUUCCCACAGCUCCCAGCCGCGCACCGCCUCGUGCACCUCAACCUCUCCCACAACUCCAUCACUUCGCUGGACCCCAGCUCACACCACCCAGCCCAGUUUGCACUGCGUUACGAGGAGAUGGUGAGCUUCAGCACCUCGCUGGCCACCGCAGCCAGCCUGGCCCGCCUGACCGAGCUGGACCUCAGCUACAACUGCCUGCAGCUGCUUCCGCUGCUGUUCUUCCGUGCCAUGCGCUCCCUGUUUACUCUCAGCGUGGCCAUGAACUGCCUCCAGAACAUCACCAUGGAGCUGCUGACCAGGGACGGGGAUGGGGACAGGAAUGGCACAGCUGUGUGGCAGGAGGACGCAGCGCUCUCCGUGCGCUCCAUGGACCUCCAUGGCAACGCCAUCCGCGCUCUGCCUCGUUGGUUCUUUGAUGCCCUGCCCCAGCUGGAAGCCAUCGACCUGGGCUCCAACAGCCUUCAGCCCUGCGGGAGUGACAUGGGGGAGAUAUCAGGAGGGGGCUCUGCAAGGGCAGAACCCUGCACCGCCUUCCACAGCAUCCCCCACCUGCAGCACCUCAGCCUUCGCAGGAACAGCCUCACCCAGCUGCUGCCUCGCACCUUCAGCCGAACCCCAUUGCUCUCCUUGGACCUUUCUGAGAACCAGGGCCUGGCCGUGCCACGGGUGGCACUGGAGGGGCUGGAGCACUCCCUGCAGCAGCUCUGGCUGCGGGGGAACCACAUGGACAACAGCAGGGCUGAGAUCCCUUGCUUGGAUGAGCUCAGGGUGUUGGACCUCUCUGGCAACCGCCUAAGCCUUCUGCCCACGGGUUUGUUCUGCUCCCCACUGCAAACCCUGGAUGUCAGCGAUAACCAGCUGCCAGCGCUGCCCAAGCAGGCACUGCUGGGGUGGACCCGCAGCCUGCAGGCAUUGUGCCUGGCAGGGAACCCCUUCCAUUGCUGUGAGCUGGGCUGGUUGGAUGCUCUGCAGGCAGCUGGCGUGCAACUGCCCGACCUGCACCGCGCACGCUGCAUCCACCACAGCAUCACAAACAGGACAGCACCACUCGGCAGCCGCCCGCCGUGGCCGUGCCCACAGCCCUGGGAUGGCAGCCCAGCGCUGGUGCUGGCAGCCCUGCUGGGUGUCCUGCUGUGUGCGGGCUGCAGGGUGUGCUGGCUGCGGGGCCACAGGAUGGGCAUCCUGCUGCCACAGCCCCAGGCAGACAGAGUGGCCGAGGGGGAGCCAGCACACAGCGACACCAAAGUAUAG